AUGCGGCGGCUAUGGAUCGCCUUCCUGUUGGCUGCUGCAGUUCCGUUGGCGGCUCCCAGAGCACUUGCAUCGGAAUUUGAAGGCGGAAAGGACCACGGCAGGCAGUCCCCGGAAGGACCCUUUGGAGGGCUUUCCAGUCCUCCCACUGCACAGUCAGGCAAACUGACCCCUCCUCAUGAAGAAAAUUCAGGGGUUAGCGGGGACCCGUGGAGUUUCAUCGCUCCCCUGAUGCCUGCAGUGCGGGCCAUCGGAGAAAUGUUCAAACCGAUCAUCGACGCGAGCGGCUUCGAACAGGAUAUCGGGGACAUCAUUGCGGCUUUAAACGAGACUUCACGAAACCCUCUGUUUCUCUUUGGCAUCGAAGACACUCCUCCCCUAACCGAGGGAUUGGUCAAGAAUCCCCCGAUGCAUCACGGCACCGUUCAGCGACAACAGCAGAACAGCAGCACAAGCGCACAGCUGAAACCAUCUUCGCAACCCAGAGGUUCGCCUUUACUAUCCUUCCGCGGCCUAUUCAGUCAGGAUCAAGGCGCCCCAGAAACUCAGGCGGGGCCAGAAGAUGGCGUUCAGACCCACACAGCGUUUGAGAAGGACCACCGUCCAGUGCAGAGUGAGGAGGAAGUUGACGAUUCAAGUUUAUGGAGGCAGUGGGAUAGAGAGGAGCUCGACCUGCUAUAA